CACGUGUCAGAUGACAGACUCGGUUUAAAACCUCGCAGGGUCCCUUCAUUGGGGCAGUUUGUCAAGGCAGCGAGACAGAGUGCACCAGGAUCCUCUCUGUAACACACCUACUGUAGCGUCGUGGACUGAGGCAUCUGCCCCUUCUGCCCCAUUGGAGUCCACAUCCUUAUCCACAGGAAAACACAGCGUUAAGAUAACCACAGGAGAGGAUUCUCCAGUCAUGGCGAGUCAAAGGAGAACCAGGUUGUCUGGCCCGUUCAUCGCUGCCCUGCUGGCUCUGAUGCUGCUGCCUGCUUUUCUGUCUGCUGGACCAAUUGUUCCAAAGGCCAAAGGAGACGCAGGGGAGAGUAUCCAGGAGAAGGCAGCUGCUGCAGCGCUACACAGGAGGCUGAUCCGAAAUCGCAGGAACAUCAGCUGGUACAAACAGAACUCUGACUUCUGGAACUGGUACAAGUUCUUCACAGACAAUGGCAACCACGAGGCAGUGCAGGAGAUGGACCGCAUCUAUCUGUCUUACCUCCAGAACAAAAACCGUGCUGAGGGACGUCGCUCCUACAAGGCCUAUCUGCGCCACCUGGGGGAGAUCUACAAGUCUUGCUCUGAUUCUGAUGACCCCAACUGCGUGGCUUCCUACACCAGCAGGCCCAAACCCAAGCCUGAGGCCCCUAAAGUUGCACCAGUGAAAACAUGUGAUCCUACCAGGGAUCCUAACUGUCUGUAUGCUGCUUUAGUCCAGGGCAAGAGCCCCUACCUGCCCCUGGUGCUUCCUGCUAGCAGUGCCCCCCCUGCACCGGCCAAGGCCCCAGCCCCUCUGUAUGUCCGCUCUGCUGCCCCCGCCAAGGAGCCUGCGUCUGGGUAUCACUACUUCUCUCCAUCUGCAAUGUCCUUCCUUUCCAAGGAGCAGAAGGCUGAGCUGCUGCGCAUCUGCUCUGCUGACGACGUGGAGUGUCUGCAGUACCACCUGAGAGCAGCCUAUGGCUACGCACCGUCAGCUGGUUCCCUACCUUCCUACGCCCACCUCGGCUGCGACCCAGCCACAGACGCCAACUGCAGACCAAAGCUGGUGCAGAAAGCCCCCUCUGGCCUCUAUAUGCAGUACCCUAACUGUGAUCCCCGGGAUCCCUACUGCGCCUACGCUGCCUCUCUUUCAGCUACUCGUGCUCCUAACCCCCCAGCCCCUGCUGGCCCUGGAUCAUGCAACCCUAUUUUUGAAGAAGGCUGCAAUCCGCUUACUGCCACCAGAUAUGCCACUCCUCCAGAAGCGUACAAAAGCGAGGAGGCCGACGAGGCUGCUGCCAUUCGCGCUCCUCCUGCUGCUCAGCAGUACAACGACCCCUAUGCCAUGUUUAGGGAUGCUUAUGCUAAUGCUAAUGCUAACCGGGUUACUGAUCCUUAUGCCAUGUACCGCCAGCCCAGUGCUCCAGUUUCUCCCCCACCCACUGACAUAUAUGCCGUUCUGCGCCAGUACAUGGCCCAAGCUCAGGGUAAUGAUCCAUAUGCUUCACACAGAGAGGCCGCUCCAGAAUCCAACCCUAACGAUCCUUUUUCUGCUGCCAUGCAUCGCCGUGGCCCUCCUACACCCAGGCAGCAUCUUCCUUUUUCUAAUCCCAGCUAUGAGCAGCCUGCCCCAGAAGAACACAACCCUCUGGGGCCCCCCGGAAAAACCAAAGAGGGCUAUGACUGCUACAUUGGUUAUGAUCGUGAAUGCUACCCAGUAAAACCCAACGAGCCUCGCUCUGGUGCUCACCGCCGCGUACCUUACACCGCUGAGGCCUACGAGCCCCAUCUGAAUGCUGACGGCACACGAAGCGGAGUCCUGGAGCCAGCCAACCCGCACUGCGACCCAGAGUAUGACCGUGACUGCCGCCUGCGUCGCUACGACACCCAGCCCGAGCAUCAGGCCAAGGAGGAGCACCAACAGGAGGCAACACAGCAGCCAGAGCAGCAGGAACAGGAUCAGUAUGAGGCAGAGCCCUUCCAGAGUGGCCAGGAGGAGCCUCACAUGUCCUACCAACCUCUCUCACAGGGCAUGCCCAGCCUGCAGGACAUACUGAGGCGCUACGGAGACCAGUACCCAGAUCAGGAUGAGCACAGGGCUUAUUCAGAUGACUACCGCAAGAAAUAAGCACACUCAUGCAUGCAUGCAUGCGUCUGUGCAAAUGGACACAGUCCCGUGCGUUCUUGUAGGUUUGCCCCACGCCGCACACUAGUCCAAAGUGGACCAAACAUGGGACAAAAUCGAAGGACCCACUGAGCUAUUACAUGCACGUACAUCUACACUUAGUUUCCAGCUGUAGGAAGAUGCUCAGAAAGCCAUGGGUGCUCCAGCAAAUGUUUUCACCUCUGCUACUUUGAUCUAGUGCUUUUCCCACCUUAACCUUCCUCAGUCCAAUCAAAUGGUUUUAUAUCUUCUCUUUGCUCAGCUUUGCUUGUGUAUCUAUGUAUGGAAUUUGUUUGUUGCUUUUUGACAGCGAUGAUUAUGUAAAGAUUUUUUUUCAGUGAAUGUCCUAAUAAAAAGCUUUAGAAAGCU